AUGACCCUCGAUCUGAACGUGGACGCAUACACCGGGCAACAGCAACGUGACAAAACCACUGGGGUCAAGAAAUGUGACAGGCAGGCAUUGGAGACCCUUCGGUCGGAGGCAUCCAAGAAGAAGGACCUUGUUCCGCGCGGUGACUACAGGCCUUCACCUGCCGGAAAGCUUACCUUCUUCGUGCUGCGCAGCCUCGAACCUGCUCCGCAGUGUUCGAUCCUAGCGCAUGGUUUCGGCACAUCCGUCUUAACAUCGCGGCUGAUCAAUGGCCUAGGCCUGUCGCCCUACCGGCUGGUCUUGCUCACCAUGUCAGUUGGCUCAGUGGUCAAGCAGAACAUCUGGGUCACAAUACUAUCUAGGGGCUCGAUGACGGUAGGUGUGGCGGUCGCGAUAGCGAUGCUCAAUGCUGCGUCGAAUAGUCUGAGCACAUAUGCCUUUCCGGCGCUACCUAUUGGGGGCACGCUUCACGUAGUUGGUAUCUUGACAGAGCUUAUUACGGAGAUUCAGCGCGAACGGUUUAAGGCCGAUCCAAACAACAAGGGUAAGGUGUGUACGGGGGGCCUGUGGGGUUUGGCGCGGCACAUCAACUACGGAGGAUACACGAUGUGGAGAGCGGGAUAUGCAAUGGCCGGAGGAGGAUACGGGCUGGGUGCCUUGCGGGCUAUUCCCGUUUUGAGUGAGUAUUGCGAGAAGUGGUACGGUGCGCAGUGGGAGGCGUAUAGGCAGAAGACGCCGUAUGAGCUGAUUCCCUAUGUCUAUUAG